GCACGGUUGUCAGUGUAAACAUAUCGUGCAUUCACCGGAACCCCGCAGUCUGGAAGGAUCCUGAGGUGUUUGAUCCCCUGCGUUUCACCCAAGAGAAUUCGUCUGCACGCCAUUCCCACGCCUUUGUUCCUUUUGCAGCAGGGCCCAGAAACUGCAUCGGACAGAACUUUGCUAUGAAUGAGAUGAAAGUGGCUGUGGCUCUGACACUCAAUCGCUUUGAGCUGUCACCAGACCCGUCCAAACCAGCGCUGAAACUUCCCCAGCUGGUCCUGCGCUCCAAGAAUGGCAUUCACGUGUUCCUGAAGAAAGCAGCGUGAUCUAGGACACCGUCAUAUUAUCUAGAAGAAGAAGUCAUCAUUUAAUCAUUUUAAUUAUCUUCUAAAACUUGUUAUAAUGGCAAAAUAAAACGAAUAUUGAAGAA